AUCGUCGCAAACGCAUCAUUUACUCUUGCCAGUUAACAUUCUACUCUUACUACGUUAUCAAUAAUUUGUUACAAAAACCGUUCACCCCUAUACUUCCUUCGGCCGCAAUCUGAACUAUCAGUGCUAUGCGGCUUCUCCAUUUCAACGCACUAGGCAAACUGAUCUUGACAGACUUUCGCGGCAAGCCGACCCCACCCUACGCCAUCCUAUCGCACCGAUGGGGCAGCUCCGAGAUCCUCAUUGAAGACAUAUCAAAUGGAAGCUAUAAAGAGAAAGAAGAAGGCUACCAGAAGUUACGGUUCUGUGCCGAACAAGCAGCUCAGGACGGACUGCAGUACUUCUGGAUCGAUACAUGCUGCAUCGAUAGAUGGAACAAUAAUGAGCGGUCGAAGGCGAUUAACUCAAUGUUCCAGUGGUACAAGAAGGCGGUACGAUGCUAUGUUUUCUUGUCAGAUGUGUCAGCAUCGACCUCGACCUCGACAGGAUUUAUCUUAUGCAGGGACUGGAAUGUAUCUCUUCGGCGAAGCAAAUGGUUCACUCGCGGAUGGACGCUGCAGGAGCUGAUAGCGCCAGCAUCUCAGCCGGGAGCUAUGAGCUUACUAGGAGCAGUGUCGCAAGCGGCAGCGUGCAUGAACGCAAGCAAUAUGACAGUGCAGCAGUACCAAGCACGACUACACGAGCACGACCAAGCAGCCCUCAAGCACAGUAGUAACCUACAUAAAGGCGAACAAGGAGAGUCUAGUCUACAAAAGGCCGUAGCUGCUACACUAUCUCUUUCUAUAGGUCAAAUCCAGCAGAGCAACACUAUUGCUGUAGAGCAGCUUUACUUUGCUGCGUGCGUAGAACGAAAGGACAUUCUGCUCGAUCUAUUCAAGACAGCUUCGCCGCAGGCCUGUGUAGAUGCGAUUACGACACUUGACAGAUAUGCGCUCAUUACAAGGCGACCUGCUGAAUCAGCAUUUGACGUACAUCGAUUGGUGCACCAAGCCUUACGAGAGCAGCUCCAGGUGCGGGGACGGCUUCAUGAAUACACUCAACGCACAGUCACACAGCUACUCCAGGUGUUUCCGAACAACGAUCACAGUAACAGAAGCAAAUGGAGGCGACUGCUGCCACACGCUCAAUACACACUGUCGCAUAGUGAGAAGAACGACGACGAGGAGAGAACAAAUCUCAUAGAAGAUUGCGCUCAUGCUCUACAGAGUGAUGGACAAUAUAAGAGAGCUAAAGAGCUCUAUGUGCAAGUAAUGGAGUCGAGGACGAGGGUACUGGGUAGCAAGCACCCUGACACUCUUAAUAGUGUCAGCAACCUUGGGUUGGUGCUGUCGAGCCAGGGCAAGUAUAACGAAGCAGAAGUGGUGCAGCGUCAGGCAUUAGAAGGGUUCGAGGACAUGCUUGGGCGGGAACACCCCUACACCCUCGCCAGCGUCGGCAACCUUGGGUUAUUGUUGUUGAGUCAGGGCAAAUACGAAGAGGCAGAAACGACACAUCGACGAGCACUAGAAGCAAGGGAGAAGGUGCUUGGCCGUGAGCACCCCCAUACACUCAAUAGCAUUAAUAGCCUUGGGUCAGCACUAUCGAGCCAGGGCAAGUACGAGGAGGCAGAAACGACAUAUAGACGAGUGAUAGAAGCAAGAGAGAAAAUCCUUGGCCGUGAGCACCCCCAUACACUCAAUAGCAUUAGUAGCCUUGGGUCAGCACUAUCGAGCCAGGGCAAGUACGAGGAGGCUGAAGCGAUGCAUCAACGAGCGCUAGAAGCAAGAGAGAAGAUACUUGGUCGUGAACACCCUGACACGCUUAAUAGCGUUAGAAACCUUGGGUCAUUACUAUCGAGCCAAGGUAAGUACGAUGAGGCAGAAGUAAUGCAUCGACGAGCGCUAGAAGUCAGAGAGAAAGUACUUGGGCGCGAGCACCCCGAUACCCUUGCUAGUACCAAUGAUCUUGGGGUUGUUCUAGAGAGUAAGAACAGAUAUAAAGACGCAGAAAUAAUGCAUCGGCGAGCGCUAGAAGGGUAUGAGAAGGUACUGGGGCGCGAGCACCCCUUUACGCUUAUUAGCCUUGGCAAUCUUAGGUCGGUGCUGGAAGUCCAGAACAAGUACGAGGCAGAAGCGAUACAUGAAUGAGAUCUAGAAGAAAAGGUGUCCCGUCACACACCGUGUGUCCCGGUACGGAGGGACGGGCGUUAUUAUACGUAUUUACAUCUAUUCUAAC